UCAGCAUUUAAGCAUCCGCAGCACAUUAAAGCAUCCAGGCUUCACUGUGUCCGUCCGGGAAUUUCCUUAAACGGUACCUUUCGACGAUGAUACCAAGAAAUUGGCGAAGCUUAGGCCAGUCGUCUCCCACGAGGUCACUAUUUUUGGUGAUGAGAAAUUCCAACAGCCUCGCUUCCUGUUCUGAUUGGACAAACUAAUCAUGGACCAGGCGUGUGUAGUUUUGGUAUGGACUCGGGAAUCCCUGUUCAUCAGCGAAUCCUUCCCCAUUUGGGUCUUCGAUUUGCAGGAUGUUAUCAUACUCCACAGGCAAGAUAAAUUUGGCAUCAGGCGACAUGUGUUAUAUGGCCGGGAUGCUCGGCGGUCUCCUCCUUGACAUCGUCGGAUAUGUCGGGCGUGUUCAGAUGCACUAUAAUCCCUUUACAUUCAAUCCGUUCCUCGAAUACCUCAUCUGCCGGACCAUUGGCCCCACUCUCCUGACCGCCUCGAUCUACCUCUGCCUUGCCGGCAUCGUCAUGUAUGGAGAAGGUGCCUCGCGAAUCAAGCCCAGAACCUAUACCCUCGUCUUCAUCAGCUGUGACUUUCUCUCUCUCGACCAAGGCGGCGGUGGUGGCCUCACUGCCACAGCCAACACCAUGAGCGCAAAACACACCUGGAUUAGCAUCAUGAUCGCCGGUCUCAUCUUCCAGGUCGUCUUCAUGCUCCUCUGUACCGACUUCGCCUUCCGUCUGCGCCGAUACCCCACAAAGUCAACUCCUCUACCAUCUCCGUCCGCAGCACCUUCAAAUGGAAGGCCUUCUCAUCUGCCUUGCCAUCGCUACAGUGACCACCUUCGUGCGCUCCAUCUUCUGCGCUGCGGAACUAUACCAAGGUUUUAA